AUGGGAGACUAUGGAGAGAGGCGAAACGGAACUAUGCGUCUGAAAGUGUCGUUAGCACGUACUCCACGACAUCUCGACACCGUCUCCGCUGUUGGUUGGGCUGGAGGCGAAGAAAUCUACUCAUUCGCGGAUGAUCACUGUUUAUUGAGAUGGAAUCUCGCCACCAUGGAUGCCAACACAGUUGCCGAAAUGCCAAAUAAUCUCUUCGCCACAUCGAUGCAAUGGUUUCCUCGUACAGCAAAACGCGAUGGGGCCAAUGACAUCUUCGUUUUGUCGGGCACGGAUGGACGUCUCCAUUUCGUUAACAAAAUGGGAAAGCUUGAGAAGUCGUUCGAUGCACAUAAAGGAGCAGCGCUACAAGCAAAAUGGAGCCCGGAUGGAACUGGCCUGCUCAGCAGUGGUGAAGAUGGUGCAGUGAAAUUGUGGUCACGGAAUGGUUUACUUCGUUCCGUCAUUGCACAGAUGCCUAGUCCUGUCUAUUGCAUAUCGUUCGAUUCGUUAUCAGACAACAUACUUUUCUCGAACAAUGAAUACUGUUAUAUUAAAUCCCUCAAAACACAGGCGCCUCCGCUCAAAUGGAAAGCCCACGACGGCCUAGUUCUGUGCUCUGAUUGGUCCGUGAUUUCUGAUCAUAUUGUGACUGGUGGAGAGGAUUGUAAAUUUAAGGUAUGGGACAGAUUCGGACGCAGUCUCUUCAUUUCAAUUUCAUGCGAUUUCCCCAUAACCUCCGUCGCAUGGAGUCCUGACGGUCAAUGUUUCGUUGUUGGUUCACAGAACAUCCUACGACUAUGCGACAAAGCCGGGUGGCCACACUCUCUGGAGAAGCUGAACAGUGGUUCAUUGCUUUCCUUGUGUUGGUUCGACGAUUCCACACAGUUAGUAGCCGGAAGUGGAAGUGGACAGGUUAUCCACGCACAAAUAGUUGGAAGGACAGUAGAACAAGGUGGUUUGGAAGUAGUGCAGACGAAACGAAACUUGCUGGAAGUACGUGACCUGAAUGUUGACCUCGCUCGAGAGAGUCUGGAAACUCGUGACAGAAUAACUCGAGCUGUUCUCGCAUACAAUCAACUUGUUGUGGUCACAACGCUACAGUUGUACAUCUACAGCUCAAAAAAUUGGAACACUCCUGUUAUCGUUGAUCUGAAAGACAAAACAGUCUCACUCAUACUUCAAUCCAGCAAGAUGUUUGCUGUAUCUGACGGACAAACUUUGUACAUUUUCAACUACGAUGGACGAAGUCUCUGCGAAAUAAAGGUCCCAGGAACUGGAACGACGGCAAUGAGCGAAAGAAUAACUUCUCUUUCCAACGAUGUGAUCGCUGUCAGAGAUCGUGGAGAAACGGGAACUGUUUGCUUCUUCGAUCCCACGUCCGGAAAACCGCUUGGAGACGAGAAAAUUGUCCAUGAGCGCGAAAUAUUGGAGCUGACCUUAUCUCAAUGUGGGAAACUUACCGAGAGAAUUCUUGCAUUUCGUGACAGUGAUGCGGCAGUGUUGGUGGCGAAAGUGAAAACAUACGGUAUCGCGCAACGGAUUGCAAAAAUUGGAUCUUCCGUGGAACAUCUUCAUUUCAACGAUACUACAAAUAUGUUGGCAGGAGUGGGAGAAGGUCGAGUAAUUGUUUGGCCAGCGGUCGAAAUCGUUUUCAUCGAUCGAACGUUGCUACAGCGAUCAAUUAUCGAUAAGCCAGUGUCCGCGCUCGGAAAAUUUCCAAUUUUACGCAGAUUCACCGACAAUAUGGUCAGCUUGCGUAGAUCGGAUGGUUCUAUUGUGGCAACGACAAUCCCACCAUUUGCCGGAUCACUUCUACGGUAUACGGCUGAAUCCAAAUGGGAUCAAGCAAUUCGACUAUGCCGUCACAUUAAAAGUGAAGUCACCUGGGCAGUGCUUGCUGGUCUGGCGACAGCCGCACAGAACAUCUUCGCAGCCGAAAUUGCUUACGGUUCUUUGGAAGAGGCAGAGAAGGUAAAAUUGCUGGCCGAAGCAAGGGCGCAUCCAAACAAAGAGGUUCGUAAUGCAAUGAUGGUACUGCUUGCUGGGAAAGUGUCCGAAGCAGAUUCAUUGCUUGAGAAAGGCGGUAGUGUUUAUCAAGCAAUAAUGCUAAAUGUAAUUAUGCUAAGGUGGUCGCGAGCGCUUGAUCUUGCAAUCAAAUAUAAAUCUUUUCUCGAAAUUGUAAUGGGAUUCCGACAACGAUAUUUGGAGAAACUCGGUCGUGAGGAAACCGAUGAGAAAUUUCUUCGUCACAAAGGAGACGUGGAAAUCGAUUUCGAUCAUAUUCGAGAGGUGAUGGAAGAAGCGGAAGCAGCGCAAGGAUUGAAAAAAUGA